AUGGCAGGGGACUAUCGAGAGGUUCCUACGUUCGAUCCCGUUCAGCAUCUGGCAUUCACCAGUUCCAAGCUCCCAAAGCCGGUUAGUAUACAGACACUCCAGAUAGAUCCGGACUCGCAAUCGUUGCAACUGGUUGGAGAAGGGUCGUUCCUGUUGUUUUCGCAGGAAUGUAUCGAUCUACUUCGCCACGAGUUCCAAACAUAUCUCUCGUCGCUCGACCCUGCUACCAGAUCCAAGUCAGCAUUUGUUUCUCCGAAACUUCAUGAUUGUGCUUCUAUUUUACCGUUUACCUACCAGGCAUUCACCCACCCAGAAACAGCGCGCGCCAUCAGUUCGAUCAGUGGGUUUGGUCUGAAGGUCUGUAUGGGCUACGAGAUCGCCCAUUUCGCCAGGCCCAAUGCAGGAGACUUCAAACAGCUACUGCUACGCAAGCACAGCGUGGCGUAUCCGUACAUCUGUCUUGUCCAUCUCAGCUCGGCAGACGCGUUGCCAAGCGGACACGCGCUGGUGUUGGAAGGCCGUGUGACAGAGAACAUGGCUUCAAACCAGCUGCUAGAGCAACCAGACUUGAACAUCGUUUUAUGUGCCACUUUGCAACCAGAGGACGUUAUCGACUACGAAGACAGUCGGUUUCUGCGCCAUUUCUCAUACGCCAACGGCCAGAAACUGAUCGGUGAUAGUGUUGCACCAAGAGUUUCAACAUACGCGGAGUUCGACAACUUCGAAGCAUACCAGAUCAGGCUAGAUCGUUUAUACAGGGAUAGGGGCGUGGACGCCAAAAAGGUGGGUUGA